AUGUCUUCGCUGAUACUGCCUAAGAAGUUCCAGCUUACUCAUCGUUUUAUAAACACAGACAUGUUUUCAUUCUCAAUGAAUAAAAUCCCAACUUCUCUCUGUUCUCCACUUGCAUAUCAGAAACGUUGCUGCUCGACGAACUCACGACUGGACAAGGUAGAAGUAUCCUAUAGUUUGAAAGAACUUAUAGAAUCUGUAAAGGACGCUCAGAAGGAGUUGUACAAACAAAGCGAUGAUUCCGCCAAAACAAGGCACGACUCACUGCGAGCUGAGCUCCAAGCUGAGAACAGAGCAGUUAUGUUACAUAUGCGGGCACUUUUGUCUUAG